AUGCAAUUACCAUGCAUGCCGAAGGAGUACGUCACACGGCUUGUUUUCGACUAUCGCCACAAGAACUUGGUUAUCGUCAAAAAAGAGAGCGGCGUGAUUGGUGGUAUUUGCUUCAGACAGUUCCCGACCCAAGGCUUCAUCGAAAUUGUCUUCUGUGCAGUAACUGCAGCUGAACAGGUGAAGGGCUACGGCACUCACAUGAUGAAUCAUUUGAAAGAUUAUCACAUCCGAGUAUGCCAUAUCUACCACUUUUUAACGUAUGCGGAUGAAAACGCCAUUGGCUAUUUUAAAAAGCAAGGCUUUUCUGAAGAGUUGGCGAUUGAUCCGAAAUUUUAUCGCGGUUUUAUAAAGGACUAUGAAGGAGCAACGUUGAUGGGCUGUCAAUUACAUCCAGGGAUAGUCUAUAAGAAUUUUGCUAACAGUUUGAAAUGUCUUCACAGACUGUACCAGAAUGCGGUGAAGGAAUGUUUUUUGGAUGAGGUGAAAAGAUGCGCAGGAGCUGAAAGUAUAUUUCAGCGGCACGGUAAAGUUUCCUUCUUGAGGUUUGGCUACUUUCCCAGUAACGUCUUUUGCAUGUCUGACGAGAACCAUGCUUCCCUCGGAAUAUUCCUCAUCCAGCUGCUACACAUAUCUUAG